CUCGGUGUGCUGGUUUUUCCCAGGCUUACCGACUCUCCGCCUCAUUUUGAUAUGGCCCUUCUUGCCAGAGUAGACUUGGCUCUGCUCAACUGCCUCUCCACCUUCUCUGGCGCUGUGGCUCGUGAACGCUCUCUGAUGAGCCGGCCAACUCUUUUCUUCGGUUUACCGAACCAGCGUCAUCUCGGACCCGAUCUUUUGUCGCGUUUUAUCCGUCUUUCGGAGGCAACCCGUCAUUCGCGUAUAAAUAAUGAAUCUGGCCUUUCGGGUCACAUAGAAUUGUGA